AUUGUCUCGAUUGAAAAAAGAAAUUAGUUUCUGAAAUUUUAAGAAAAAUAAAGAUUGUGGAUGAUUUCGUUAAACAAUUAAGAUUCGUAUAGAGUAGUGGAUAAAUUAUACAACGAGGAACACAUCCAAAUGACUGUGACCAGCGCCCAUGUGACCAUGGAAGUACAAGUAAAGGCUCAUCAGCCCGCCAAUCACCAGGGCCCAAGUAGCACACAAAUAACACAAAGUCCUUCGCCAUCAGUCUCUAAAGGCGUGGAGAAAAAGAACACAGACGAACGGAAACCUGAAGCCGCAGGCGGCGAAAACUCAACCUUAUUUUUGGCAAAUACAAAAUUCCAUUUGGAUACAUACCCCGACAUAGCUGAUGCAGUUUGUGAGGAUGCUGGCUAUGGUGGAGCAUUUGUCUGCGGGGACGAAGCUGGCAAUCAUCUGCUAAGCGAACAACAGCAAUAUCACCAUCAGGUAACAUGGCUGGACGAUGACAAUAUUGAUACUUUAGAUUUGGCUACAUUGGACAUUGGUAACAUGUUCAAUCGAGUGGACAGUGCCGAGAUUAUAUACCAACAGAAAAAGAAGAACAUCAAGAUGGUGGGAAAGUACGUAAUGGGUGAUGUUCUUGGAGAGGGUUCCUACGGUAAAGUCAAGGAAGUUUUAGAUUCCGAAAAUCUCUGUAGAAGAGCCGUGAAAAUUCUGACAAAACGUAAAUUAAGACGCAUACCAAAUGGUGAGCAAAACGUACAACGUGAAAUACAACUCCUUAAACAGCUGAAGCACAAGAAUGUUGUCGAGCUAUUGGAUGUUCUGUACAACGAUGAAAAGCAGAAAAUGUACUUGAUUAUGGAAUACUGUGUGGGAGGGCUACAGGAGAUGCUUGAUAGUGCCCCCGAUAAAAAAAUCCCCGUAUUUCAAGCUCAUCGUUAUUUUCGUCAACUGUUAAAUGGCCUGGAGUAUCUGCAUGGCAUGCGUGUAAUACACAAAGACAUUAAGCCGGGAAAUCUUCUGCUAACACAAGACGAAACACUAAAAAUUUCCGAUUUCGGAGUAGCCGAACAAUUAAAACUAUUUGCGCCAGAUGACACAUGUACCACAGGUCAAGGUUCUCCUGCAUUUCAGCCACCGGAGAUCGCUAAUGGACUUGAUUCAUUUUCCGGUUCAAAGGUUGAUAUUUGGAGCAGUGGUGUUACACUAUAUAAUCUUUGCACGGGACUCUAUCCCUUUGAAGGAGAUAACAUUUAUCGAUUGUUGGAAAAUAUUGGCAGAGGACAAUGGGAAGCUCCUGAUUGGUUGUACAAGUUAGAUAGUAAACUUGCAGUUUUAAUAUUGGGCAUGUUACAAGCAGAUCCUGAUAAACGUUAUACCACACAACAAAUUAGACAAGACCCCUGGUUUAUAUCUGCUCCUGAGGAGAAAGGACCACCGAUACCCAUUCCACCAUUGAAAAAUGACAAAUAUCGUCGAUCUACAGUACUGCCUUAUCUAGAUGCUUAUCAUUAUGAAACGGAAAGAGAUUUAGAAGAAGUUUACUUCACUGAACAUGAUUUAAAUCAGGAACUAGCACGAAAGGCGGCAGCAGCAGCUGCCGAAAUUAAAGCCCAACAACAGCAUAAUACUUUUACAGCGAUGGGGGCUUCUUCUAGCGGUUUUCAUACUUCAUGUUCGAAUUCAGCUUCCCAUCAUACCAAAGAGAAGAAGUCAUCAUCCUUGAAGAGGCGGGCAAAAAAGCUCACGUCGUGCAUUUCUGUGCGUAAAUUAUCAAAUUGUCGACCUUCCUAGAAGGAUUUUAUAAAACACACUCAGAGAUCCAAACACACAAAGGCUUUUUUUUUAGUAACACCUAAUAGUUACUACAUUUUUGUUUAUUUGUUUUUUUUUCUAAAUAGAAACAUUCAACCUCCCACAAAUUAAACAAAAUAUCUAUGUAUAAAACAAGGAAUCAUAUAAAGAAUAUUAUUUACAAAUUACA